GAACAAAUCCAAAAUACGCUGUCAAAACAAUACCCCUUCGCUCUUCACCUACCCCCUAUCAUCCAUCAACUCAAACUGACACUGACAAAAACUUAAAUAAAAAUAAUAAAGACAAAAAAAAGAAAAAUAAUUGUGAUUUGUGUUUGCGAUUGCGAAGACGACGACGACGAAAUUUCGAGUUUAAAACGAUCUGGUGGAAUCUAGACGAGAUAAAAAUCCAAGCAAAAUAUAAAAGAAAAGUGUGAAUACGUCUCAAUAACAAAUUAACAGUGUAAAAAAUUAAUAUAAUUGUUUAAGUCUUGAAGUUUUAGUCGCAGCGCAAUAAAACAAAACUGGGAAAAAACGAACGAAUUUUUUUUUUUAAGAAAAAGAAAAAAUAGAAAUCCAAAAGUGAAAACCUUGUUUGGCAAAAAAAAAAUAAGACAAAAAUUCAUUUGAAAAUCAUUUUCUUCCUUUUGGGUUGGGUAUUUUGAGUUUGUGUGGAAGUUUUGUAUAAAAUUGUGGAAGAAAUUUUAAAAACUCUGCAAUCAUUGGUGGAAGAAACUCAAUACGUGCAAUGGAAGGAAACGCUCCUCCUAAAUUAUCAUCAAUCUCGGAUUUGGAAGACGUUCGGUUGAUUGUCAAGACAGCGAAUCAACAGUUCGAGGACUUGAUUGUCCAUAGUGAGCCCUCAUGGACUGUGCGAAGGCUCAAAUUGCACCUGUGCCAAGUGCAUCCUUCGAAUCCGAGCCUUCCAGAACAAAAACUUAUCUACUCAGGCCAAUUGCUCAACGAUGAACUAAUACUUAAAGACAUCCUACGAAGUUACAAAGAUGUUGAAACCGAAAAUCAUAUUUUUCAUUUAGUUUACUUACCAAAGAUUAGUGCCACAAGACCUAAAUUACCAGAACCCAAGCCAUUGUUGAAUAUUAAAAAACAAGAACAAAAAUUGGAAAAACCCAUAAUACCCCCGCCGCCAGUGAUACCAUCAUCAACUGAUGGUCUACGUCAUCGAAAUGUUGCAUCUUCAUCAUCAUCAUCAGCAUCAACAUCUGCAUCAAUUCCAUCUGUGUCAGCGUCAACAUCUGCAUCAAAAACACCUUUUACAGCUGCGUCACAACAACCACAAGGAGCAGCAACAUCAGCAUCAGCAACGACAACUCAACAAGAGCAACAACAGCAGCAACAACACAUACCAAAUAUAGCUUUUGCAUUUUCACAACUUGCAGGCGCUGCUGGAUGUCUUAGUAAUAUGCCCAAUGUGAUGCCUUACCUUUAUCCGGGUCAGGCGAAUAUUGGUCCCCUUACGGAGCAACAGGUGGCAAUGCAGAAUUGGGUUCAGCAGAUCUAUCAUAACUACAUGGAACAGUGUCUUAAACUUGCUAAUGUAACGUUUAAUGAAGAUCAAAUUCCAAAAAUUGCGCCCUGCAUACCAAUGUUUAUGCCGAUGCCACAGUUCAUGCCACCAGGCUUCCCAAAUCCACAACCAACAAUACCUACUGCAACCAGUAGUGUGCCGUCGGCAUCAGCCUAUUCGUCGCCGCCGCCGCCUGCAGAAUCGGACACGCCUGGUACGAGUCGAGCUGCAAGAGCCAAUUUUGCUCCAAGAGUGAUACCUGUGAUACCGCCAACGGCAGCAGCAACCACAACAGCAACAGCAGCACAGCAACCUCAACCAGGUGUUGCUCCAACUGUGGGGACAGCAGCGGCACCAGCCGCCGCCCCAGCACAGGCUCCAGCUCCAGUUCCAGCUGAAAACGUGGAACAACCACCACCACAACCCCGUUUUCCCAAUAUUGUUCAAGAAGAACAAGACAAUCGCGAUUGGCUGGACAGUUUUUACUCAGUCACUCGCCUCUUAGCACUGCUCACACUUGUUUAUUUCUACUCAUCGCCGCUCAGGUGCCUCGUUGUUGCUAUAAUUGCUUUUGGAAUUUAUCUAUAUCACACGGGAUUCUUUCAAACCCGGAGACAAGGCCAAGCCCAAGCCCAAGCCCAAGCUCAAGCCCAAGCUAACAACAACAAUAGAAAUAUAAACAACAAUCAAAACAUCAAUGACAACAAUGCUCCAGCGGGAGGAGAUGCAGCCGCAGCAGCAGCAGGAACAGCAGCAGCCACAGCACACGAUACUCCUCCCCAAGCGGCGGCAACGACAGAAACUAAUCAAAGUACUGCUGGAGAUUCAGAACCAUUGAUUAGUUCAGCUGCACCGCCAGGAUCCGAAACAACAACAACGUCGCUAAUAGCAUUCGUUCGAACAUUCGUUGUGUCAUUCUUUGCUUCAUUGCUGCCCGAAACGCCAGCAUUGUAAUAUUAUAUAUACGAGUAUAUGUUAUUGUAAUUUUGGAUCUAUUUGUUGUAAUUAUAGUAUUCUUGAAUUAAUAUUAUUAUUGUACCAUUUAUUAUUAUAUAAUUAUAUAACUCACUAAAUUUAGGAGUUUUAACAUUU